UCACUCUCUGUCCCGCAUCGUCAUCAUAUGGCUUGGUUCAGGAAUUUAUUCUCCACCGGUGCCUCGCAAGACCGUCGGGGCCAGGCCAUGCACUCGACCCACGACGCAUUUUCUCUACGGACUAGUUCUCCCGUAUUUGGGCAGAAUCAUCCCGACGCUUUCAACCCAGAUGACCUCGAGAGUGCAGCCGGACCCUCAUAUACAUAUCCACCGCAAAACUCUCCUUUGAGCGCGCCUUCUUAUGGUUACGGUCCUCCGACCGCAACAUCAUCAAGUCUUCUCCCCACCCACCACAGCGACCCACUCCACACUCCCUCUGCCUACCCACCUCUCUCCGUAACGUGGGACCGACUUCGUGCGUGGCUUGGUCGCGAAUAUCCCGAGCUUGGCGACACACUGAAUUACGGCAUACUACCGCAAGACCUUGCACUUGUGGAAGAACAGUUCGGCUUCGAGUUGCCGCGAGUCGUACGCGAGUCGUAUCUGACUGUCGAUGGCCAAGAAGCAGAGUCGGCCGCUGGUUGUGCUGAAGGCCUUUUCUUUGGCAUGACUCUGCUCCCACUCGAUGACGUCCUUGACGAAUGGCGCUUUUGGAGGGAGGUCGAUGAUGACCCGGCCACUGGUGCAAACCUUCGAUUGCGUGAAGGGAUGCGCUCUGUUCCAACUGGAUGGAUCCGCAAAGAGUACUCUCAACGAGGCUGGAUACCACUCAUCGCUGACAAGGCCGGCAACUACGUUGGAGUCGACCUCAAUCCAGCUGACGGCGGCCAAGCUGGCCAAGUAAUCGUGUUCGGGCGAGACUUUGACACCAAGGUCGUUCUAUGGGGCGGGGAGGGUCCCGCAGGUUGGGCAAAAUGGCUUGCAUUGUUUGUUGACGAUCUUGAAAAUGGCGAGGGCUACGAGAUUGGAGUUGGCGACAACAGUGAUGAGGCCGAAGAUGAUAUUGGUUACGAGAGCUACUUUUACGACGGCACUGGUCGUGGCCAAGGUGACGGCGGCGGGGACAACGGUGCUGGAGGCGGCUUACGUCUGGCUGGCGAGUAUAGGGGAUGGAAUGUGUUUGAAGCCUGGGCAGACCGAAGUCUGCAAAAAUGGUAUGAAAUGGGCGUCGUAACGGAGUCAUUGGAACCCGUCUUCGAAGAACAAGUCCAGGAAAAGCCUUCUGCUGACCUUGGUGUGGUUGUCCCCCCGGAUGGCGAAGCUCAAAAAAUUGUUACCGACGACGUUUCAACGCCUGUUAAUUCAACACCAACACCAGUCCCCACCAUCAAUGUCACCAAGCCACCAGCGCCGCUACCUGUUGACCUCCCUACAGAAAGUGAUAUCGAUGUCCCGCCAUCACCUUCGGAUUCACCCCGUUCCUCGUUCCACGAUGAUCUUGAGUCUGGCAGGGCAAUGGGCAUGCGCGAGGUCAAUCACGUGGCAAAAGCUCUCCCCUCAAUACCUAGUCCAGCAGCACUUCCCCCCACUCCCGAACCAGUUCCCGACCUUCUAGCAGACUCUGCUCCUCCUUUGGAUGCCGCACCCAUCGCACCUUCUCCUCCCCGACCAUCAAGCACCGAGUCGGCGGAGCUCAUAUCUUUACCACAAGACGACCCUACUGGAGACGCCGUUGACGCCGUUGAUCCUGAUGUGACUAUUCGACUUGUUGGUGGUGGGGGUAUUGCGGGCACCUCGGAAGGGGAGCAAAAGGAGGAGGAGGAGACAGCAGCAACCCAAACUGAUGGCGAAGUCGAUACGGACGCCGAGUCUAUAGCCGAAUCGGUUGGCUCACAAACGGCGGCAGCAUCUACAGAACCAUCGACUAAGAAACACAAGCACAAGAAGACGAUGAGCGGGCUCUCGGGUUUGAAAAAACUCGUACGGAAAAAGGACUCUAGUGCAAGUGUCAAGGAUGCUGCUGCUGCUGCUUCAGUUCCUGUUGCUGCUGCCACGUGA